AUCAUUACCAACACAUGGUUUAAACAUCAUCAAAGGAGGUUAUGGACAUGGAAUAGCCCGGGCGGUCAAUAUAAGAACCAAAUUGAUUACAUAACCAUAAACAAACGCUUUAAAAAUGCAGUCCAGCAAACCAAAACUUAUCCAGAGGCUGACUGUGGGAGUGACCAUCGACUACUGUUUUGCAAAGCAAAAAUAAAACUGAAGAAGCUACAACAAGGAAAAGCAACACCAAAAUUAAACUAUGAACUAUUACAAAAAGACCCGGAAAUUAAGCAAAGUUAUACAGUUAAAGUGAAGAAUAGAUUUGAAGCACUAAGAGUGGAAGAAACAUCAAAAUGGAAUAUAUUCAAAGUAGCGUUGGUAACAUCAGCGAAAGAAGUCAUUCCGAAAAAAGAAAGACCUUGCAAACAAAAGUGGAUGACAGUCGAGAUUCUAAAUCUUAUGAGAAAAAGACAAUCUAUCUUCAAUAGAGAAAGCCAAGAAUACAAAGACAUAGACAGGCAGAUUAAAUACAAAUGUAGACAAGAGAAAGAUUCCUGGUAUAACAAGAAAUGCGAAGAAAUUGAAAGAUGGGAAAGAUCAAACUCACCAAUAAUGCACAAUGAGAUAAAAGAAAUAAUGGGGAAAAAAGCAUGCUCAUCUUCAGGUUGUAUAAAAGCAAAAAAUGGCGACCUCAUCAUGGACAAAUCAAAAAUGCUGGAAAGAUGGACCGAGUGUAUUGGGGAUCUUUUCCAAGAUAAUAAGGGCGAGAAGCCAGUUAUUAAGAAAAACAUCGAUGGUCCGAAGAUUCUAAUAUCUGAAGUGCGCACAGCCAUGUCAAAGAUGAAAAACAACAAAGCGGCAGGACCAGAUGAGAUCGUGGCAGAAAUGGUUUCAGCAUUGGACGAUUUCGGACUUCAGAAGCUCACGGGAUGCUGA